AAUCCCGCCCUCGGCCCGGCCCGCACGGAUUAGCAGAGCCGCCCGCACGUCCACCCGUGUCCGAACCCGCGCCGAGCACCGGGCCGGCUCGGCGCCCCACGCCGCCGCGGAAAAUCAGAACCCAUGGCAUUGUUUGCAGUCUUUCAAACAGCAUUUGCGUUAGCAUUGCUGUCCUUGAGAACUUGCCAGAGUGAAGUCUUGGAUGAGUACUUACCACUGGCUCCCCAGUCACUUAACGUUUCCAUCAAUGCUACACUUCAGCAUUUGCGUUUGCAGUGGAUAGUCCACCAGCUCCCUUACCAGGAAUUACAGAUGGUAUUUCCAAUAGAGAUCAGUAGAAUCGAAACAUCCAAAGUCAUCUGGACGGGUAAUUACAGCACCACCGUGAAGAAGAAUCAGGUUCUGCACUGGUCCUGGGAAUCCGAGCUCCCUUUGGAAUGUGCGACACACUUUGUAAGAAUAAAGAGUAUAGCGAACGAUGCCAGGUUUCCCCAGCUGAAUUUUGUGAGCAACUGGAGUUCCUGGGAGGAAGUUCCUGCCCCGACUCCUGGAGACAGUCAAUGGCUGAUAUUCCCUAGAAGUAAGCUGGUGGAAGAAGGCGCCAAUGUCACAUUUUGCUACAAUUCUGAGACAAAUCAUAACAUUUCCUGUUACUUAGGAGAUGAACUGAUUCACAGAGAACAACUUGAUUCAAAUUUAUACACAUUCCAAUUGACUAAUGUUCCCUUCAUUAACAUAUACGGGAUAACUAUUGCCUGUUGGGAGAAUAACAGGAUCGAUGGUGCUGUUCUCUUCGUGUCAAAAGUACUGGAAGAGCCCAAGAAUUUUUCAUGUCAAACCCAAGACUACAAGACUCUGAAGUGCACCUGGGAUCCUGGGGUAGACACUGCCUUGGGAUACAAUAAACAGCCUUCGCAGCACUACACUUUAUUUGAAUCAAUUUCUGGGAAAAAGAAAUUUUGUGGACAGAAAAACUGGUGUGAUUGGGAAAUUUCUGAAGAUUUUCCAAAGACAUACAACUUCACGCUCACAGCUGAAAAUUACUUAAGGAAGAGAACUGUCAGAAGUGUUUUUGAUCUGACUGAUCGAGUUCACCCAAAAGCUCCUGAGAGUGUCCAGUUUAAAAAUGUAGGUACCACAAAUGCCACAGUGACUUGGAAGAUGCCUGUCCUUGGGAAUUAUGUUCCACUCUUGUGCCACAUUCAACUCCAUGAUAAAGAAACUGUAAGACAGGAGCACAAUGUCUCCAUCAGGGUGAACGGGGAGUUUCUCUUCAGGGAGCUGCAGCCGGACACAGAGUACAUGGUCCGCAUUCGGUGUAUCGAGGCCACGCACUUGUGGAAAUGGAGCGAGUGGGCCUCACAGACGUUCCUCACAGCUGAGGCAGCUCCCUCGAAGGCUCUUGAUGUCUGGAGAAUAGUGAGGUCUGACAAAGGACUUCAUAAUGUGGCAUUACUCUGGAAGCCACUGUCAAAAUUUCAUGCUAAUGGCAAGAUCCUGUUCUACAAUAUCAUUGCACAAAAUUUAGAUAAAAAAUCUGAGUUAAAGCGCCUGUGUAUUCAUGCACCUGCCAAUGGCACAGAACUAACCUUGGGCCAAGGUUCUUACCAAAUCCAAGUCACAGCUAACAACAGUGUGGGCACGUCCCCUGCCUCAGAGAUUGUCAUAUCUGGGAGCUCUGAGAAUGAAGAGGUUGAAGAAGAAAGAAUUAAUGGCACUGAAGAUGGAUUCUUUAUAUCUUGGAAACCUCGAUCUGGUAACAUGACGAGAUACGUCGUAGACUGGUGUGCGCAUCCGCAGAGCCUGCACUGUGAUUUGCAGUGGAAGCAUGUAGGUCCCAAUACCACAAGUGCCAUCAUCAGUUCAGAUGCUUUUAGACCAGGGAUCCGAUACAACUUCAGAAUUUAUGAGCUAUCUGCAGAAAAGACUGCUUACUUAGUAGAGAGAAAAACAGGAUAUACUCAGGAACUGGCUCCUUCGGACAGCCCUCAAGUGGUCGUGAGGAACUUGACAUCCCACUCCUUUGCUCUGAGUUGGAAGGCCUAUGACACUGAGUCCCAGAGUGGUUUCAUACAAGGGUACUACGUCUGUUUGAAGUCAAACACCACACAGUGCCAUCCAGAUUCCGUAAGGGUGGGUCUGCCAGAUAAAUCGACAUGUUGUAAACAUGACAUCAGCGACCCAAAGCAAAAGACGUUCCUUGUGAAGAAUCUGCAACCUGAAUCCUUUUAUGAGUUUUCUGUCUCCUCCUACACAAGUGCUGGCGAGGGCCCCAAUACAACUUUCAUGAAGGUCACGACCCCAGAUGGACGCUCCUACAUGCUGAUGCAGAUCAUACUGCCUGUGACGCUGUGUGUUUUGCUCACUGCGGUCAUGUGCUACUGGAAGAGCCAGUGGGUGAAGGAGAAGUGUUAUCCUGACAUUCCUGAUCCUUACAAGAGCAGCAUCCUGUCAUUAAUAAAGUCCAAGGAGAACACACACUUAACAAUAAUGAAUGUCAAAGACUGCAUUCCAGAUGCUAUUGAAGUUAUACACAAAUCAGAAGGGACCAAGGCACAGUUCCCAGGCACUGAGAAGCUGUUCACAGAAAGUGACUCCCCCAAGCCCGCCAACCUUUACCUAUUGCCAGCAGAGGAUUUCUCUGGCCCUGCACCCUGUAUCUCUUUUGAGAAUUUCACCUAUAAUGCAUCAGCUUGUGACUCUGAUUCCUUUGCCCACAUCCCAGUACCCUCUACAGCCCUGCCAAAUCAGCUGGGGAUGCUGGCCUCACCUGAUAACGUAGAAAACACACACACAAAUUCCCAAGAAGAAAUCCCAGCUGGAGAAAUUAGUUUGAAUUAUGUGUCCCAGUUGGCUUCUCCCAUGUCAGGAGACAAGGACACUCUUCUGAUAGAUCCACCAGAACCAGUACUCUGCUCUGAGUAUAAAAUGCAAAUGGCAGUCCCCUCACACCUUGCGUCACCUGUCCCUAGUGAAAUGGCAGCCUCUUUGGAACCGUUUUAGGUCAAGGUGAACACUACCAUUAAUCAGCAUAAUCCAAGUCUACAGGCUAAACUGCUGGCCAACCAAGGCUCUAAGUAUCAUAUGUCCUGGGCCUUAUCCUAGCAAACUAUCACUGCACAAUUAAGACCAAUAGGGUUUGGCUAGAAUAAAGGCCAGAAGCUAUGGCACUUAUCACUCUCCCUUGCAGGCUUCAGAAAUGGGAGAAUCAUGGAACGUGCUGGCCAGUGUUGUUUGUUCUAGGUUCAUCUUUUAUCACAGUAGGUUUCUGAAACAGGCAUUAACCACUCACUCCACAGACCCUGACUGUACAGCAUAGCUGUCUUCUCAGCUCAGUUUUUAGUGAGAAAAUAACUCCAUUAAAAUUUAUCCUCAUGUUUAAUAUGUUAACGGUAAAGCAAUUGGAUUAUAGGUUUUGGUAAAGGCCAGUCAUUGACUAGAGCAUAAAUGUGAACUUAUUGCAUAUGAAGAACUUAAUAGAUGCUUGACACUAAACUUGAUUUUAGACUUGCCUUGGCAUAGUGAGAACUUGUAAUUCACUGAUCAGUCAAAUCAGGUCUGUGGAGUGCACAGACCUAACCUAAAAGGUGAGAUGUUUGAAUCAGAUCUUUGCAGUUCUAUGUAGCUUACUACACUGAAAGGAUUGGCAAAGCACUCCUGUUCAAUAGACAUCAUUUUCCUCCCUCACUUUUGACUACCUCAGAAUAGGGGAGAAAAAAAAAAUCAGAGGAACCAUUCACAUUUUAUGGAUUUUUUAAAGAACUACAUACAUGUAAUAUAAAUGACCUAUUUUGACUUAACUUUCUUUUGGGUUCUGUAAUAGAUUGUUUGGGUCAAGAAAAUUCUCAUUAUCUUUUACAUGAAAAUAAAACAAAACCUUAUUGUUGAAUGUAACUUAAACUGUAAGAAGCUCUAAGGAGUGGGAAAUUCUGUGAGGUCUGGAGCACCUGGUCUGCAGCUGGCUCUCGUGAUCUGGGUUGCAGUCUGGGUCUGGACAUCCAACCAACCAGACCAAGACAGAGAGCAUUCAGACAAGAUGGAUCUGUGCUAACAGUAUGGAAUGUUUUGUUACUAUCCAACAACAAUGUAACAUUGAGAUGGCAUUUACAAGGUAUUAGAUGUUAAGAUGACAAAGUGUAUGAAGAGGAUACACACAAAUUACGUAUGAUACUGUUCUGUAUAAGGGUCAUGAGCAUCCACAUGUGUUGGUACCUGCAGGUUGUGAUCAACACCUCAUGGACACUGAUGACGGGGGAUGCAGUGCAUCUCGUACAUACCUGGUAGUCCCUUUCUCUUUUGGUCAGUUAAUCCUUAAUGUCUGUCCUGUCUAAACAAACACAUAAGGGACCUCCGUUUGUAUUGUUGGCUGCUGUCAAGGUAGUGGAAAUGCCUAUGUAAACCCUUUGCUGUGCUACUAAAUGUUGACACAAUGAAAGUAUCCAUAUCACAAGUGGCUUCAACAUAAACCUAUACAAACCAGUGUUGUUCUGUUCAAGAUUUUCAGCCUUUUCCUUACCUAUAACCCAGCCCACUACUGCUUCUUUUGUAUUUUUAUUUGAAAUUUGUACAAAGAAAUGUUAAUGAUAUUGUUUUGUACGUUUUCAUAUAGACAGUUUAAUCCACAAACCUUUACGUUUUCACUGUUGCAGUAAUCCUCAAUUAAAAAUUUCACUUUCA